AACUAAUGUGCCGGUCUUCACCGGGAGACUACGCGGCUGAGUUGACUGUUUAAAACGGCUCUUAGUUUAUUUGGAUCAGCGCCGUCGGAGAGCAGUCAGAACUCAUUUCUACCUCCAAAUGGAUCUUGGUAACGGUCAGGGACACCGGACAAAUGCACCGGUGCCGCCUGUCAACACCGAUUCUGCCACCGGACCUCAGAAAAACCCACCAAACCCUGGAAACCUGGACUCAAAUGCAAAUGUGCAAGCGACCGGAAACACCGACAGACAGGCGACAUAUCGUGGGGGAUUCACUGUGAUCCCACCGAAUGACUCUCGUCGGAACCAGAUCAUGUCCAUGGCUCAGAAGGAAGAGCAGGAUCUUCAGCGAUACAGGGAGUCACAGAGAGUCACAUCAGUGCAGCUUCCACCCGAGAGACUGGGUGGUCAUGUGACUUUAGCUGAGGCGCGGCAGAAGCAACACGAAGACUUGAAACAGUCCAAGUGGCAGAAGAAGCUAAAGAAGGAAGAGAUGGACAGAGAGAGGAGACAAGCAGAAGAGCAGAAGCUACAGCAGAUGAAAGCAGUUCAGAGAGCAAAGGCUGAGAGACUAAACAAGAGGAGGGGAGACGAGGAGCAGAGGAGGAAGGAGGAGCUGUGCCCGGAUCAUCUCAGGAAAAACAAAGACUUUUUGCAACACCUGGAGAGUUCCAGCGCGAGUUCUGUGACCUUCAGCUUUGACACCAAACCUGCCACUGAGACUGCUGCGCUGACCAAAAGCCUGAAAGAUGUCCAGCUGGAUCACAGAAGAGUGAACGCAGCCUUUCUGGACAAACUCGAGAGCCGAGGUGACGAUCGGCCGCCGCAGAGGGGAGAGGUUUGGGGAAGCGUUGGUCAGUCUGAGUGGAACUAUCCCACUGAACCAGCUGGGCUGUUCACUGACCCGGAGCCAGAACCAAGCAGCUGGUGGUGGACUGAAGGUGCGGACGGUGGAGCCGAGUGUGAGCAGGCGCUGGUGCAGCUGAUGAGCCGCUUUCCAGACUGCAGCAGGGCCUUCCUGGAGGACAUCCUGGACCAGUGCGCCGGGGACUAUCAGCGGGCGUCUCAGCUUCUCGAUGACACCUCCUAAAUGUUCCCUGAUGGAUUCAAGCUCCAGGGCUCUGAGAUGGAUGCAAAUCUAAACCCAGAAAUAUCCAAAGUCUGUCUUUGUUUAUCGGAAUAAUCAUGACAUGUGUGGUGUCUCGUAUCUGAUUGUGUCGGGGUGAGUCACGCCAGGUUUUCCCCCCAACAUGGAAUCGAUUCUGGCCUGGUUUAGUGCAGUGUCUUUUACUGUGACUCAUCUGCCGGCCGUGGUUUCUGAUUGGUUGGUCUGUGUAAAUCGACUUGUUGGCCUGUUUACCAUUUAGUCAUGUGAUCUGACACCAUCAUGCGAGCAUCGAGCAAACCAUCAGAUAGCAUAACAAACAGAACCAGUCUGUCCUGCUGAUCCACAAAAACCCAGAAAUAUUGAUGAAAUAUAUCUUUAAAAAAGUAUAUAUAUAUAUGUGUGUGUGUGUGUAUACAUAUAUACAAGCUUGUCAUCCCUCAGCAUGUUGUGAACUGUGCAUAAAAAGUUUGCAUUUUAUGGGAACAUUUACUUUUUCAAACUUGGUGUGUGUAGCCAGUUUUUAAAAAUGAAAUACUGGUUACACAGCGGGUUUUGUUUGUGUUGUUUCCCAUGGAAAUCGGCGUGUUUUGAUGUUGCUGUGGUUUUUAAUUUGUGAUUUGCUUUUGGUGAUUUUCAAGUUUUGGUUUUUAUCUUCUGAUCCUGCCUGUGUGGUGCCGCAGCAGCUGCUUCGGUUGCUGUAUCUAGCUUUGACUUUCUGACUGAGGAGCAGAGGUCGUGCUGGCGGUUCGGUCCCAGCUUGUUGGAGAACACCUGUGUCUGUUCUGUGUGGAGUUUGUAUGUUCUCACGUGGGGGCUUCCUCUGGGCACUCUGCUUUCCUCCCACAGUCCAAAACCACACAUGAUGAUCACAUGACUCUGAAUGGUCCGUCGGCGUGAGACUGUCAAAUAUCUCUGUUGCUCCAAGCAGCUGGGAGAUUCAUAUUUAUUGGCCGUGUUUUACAUCUGACUUUUAUUUCAUUUUAUUAUUUGCAUUGUUUUUUAUGAUCUUUCUAUGAUCUAAAUGUCUUUUAAUUCCUCAAUUUGUGACUGUGCUGGAAUAAGCCGUCGUUCUCCAGGUCACCAGUGUAGUCACAGGUGGAGUCAGCAGAGCGUCAGUGAUCUCAUCUAUUCAGAUGUUUAUCACCUGGUGGAGGAAACGGGACACAAUGGUCUGGAUGUGAUACAGUCCGCACUGUAAUUCCCCUCCUCGACCUCUCCAGAUGAAGUCAUGUGUGACGUGUCCGCUUGAAACUCAAGAUGACCGCGGCAGUUGCAGAUUGGUGACGACGUGAACUUUGAAGACAUUCUGGAAGAUUUAUGCAUUUAAGGAAAUAAUAUAAUAAAAUAUGUCAAACCCAGAUUAGUCAUCUGAGCUGAGAGGUCCUGGUCCAAAAUCAACAUCCCUCUGUGUCGCGCUACCGCCCUCACUGGAGCAUGUAGCGUAUUAGCAGACUCACAAAACAUCUAUUGCUUUGCAUUAAUGAAUUGUAUUAUUGUAUUGUGUUAUUAUUCCACUGGGGUUGGAGUCGGUCACAGCUACACAGGGCUCAGAAAAUGGACAACACUCACUCAUGAAUCUUUUUCUAUAGUGAAAACUCUCCCACCCAAGUGGAAGAGCUUCACUCCAUCCUGUGACAAUGUUGUUCUUGACUAAAGAUGAGUCACAGAAAGAGAGGAAAUGGAAGAGUGGCCAUCCUCGAGCGCUCCACGCCGCUCUCUGCUUCCUCCUGAUAGCUCGCGUCUCUCCACUGGACAUGAGAGCACUGUGGAAUUCCGGACACCGCUGUGAUCAAAAAUGAGACUGGCUCAUUUGAAUUAUUCAGCAAGUGAGGUUGAAGUCGUACAUGAAUUGCAGCUUUGAUCCGGCUGUGAAAACCGCUCCAGGCUCUGAGCUAAGACAAACAUUUUAAGAAUUUGUUUGAUGAAAUGUCUUCAUACAACAUGGCUGCUUCCUUCCUGCUCGCUCUUUACUCCCUUUCUGGACCACCCAGUGGUCCUGGUCGGGAUGUCCCCGCUUAGAAUGAUUGUUAACCCGGAGCACACAUGUGCAGGGAGACGGGGGGGGGAAUCCCAAAAGGCGUUCCAUUCAGGAUGAGGUCACCCCAUACAGUCUCACACACACCCCGAAUGUCUGAACCUCCAUAAAAUAUGCUCACUCUGAGCAUCAUCACGCACAGAUGGACCAGGAGGGAAUGAAAUAUCCCUGCAAAAUACGACAUUUGAAAGCAUGCGGAAUUGCUCGAGUAAAGAGUGACAAAUAACAGGUCAUGUGAUGC